CAGGUGAUAACAUCACUCCUUCAGCAUGCGCCAUGCUUGGUAUCAGCAAUUGAGCGGCUUAGCACUUGAGGCUAGCAAGGCUGCUCUGGCUGAUUCCGUCCCUGCACUCUCUGUGGACGGUCACUCUAUUGCGACUUUCGCUGGAGGCUGCUUCUGGGGCAUCGAGCUUGCAUUUCAGCGUGUUCCAGGUGUUGUCGCGACUGGAACGGGAUACACGCAGGGUCACGUGGCAGAGCCCUCGUAUCAGGAAGUAUGCAGCGGGACAACGGGUCACACAGAGGCCAUUCAAGUGCACUUCAAACCAAACGAAGUCUCGUACGAGGACUUGCUGAAGGUAUUCUGGGAACGCAUAGACCCACUGAUGGAAAAUGGCCAAGGGGGUGACAGAGGCACGCAAUAUCGGACGGGCAUCUACACCCACACAGACGCGCAACACCGAGCUGCCCUACAGAGCCGCGAGAUUGAACAAAAGAAGUAUUCACGGCCCAUCAUGACGGAAAUUAAACCGGCAAAAGUGUUCUGGCCCGCGGAGGUCAGCCACCAGGGCUACCUGUGGAAAGGAGGGAGGUUUGGCUCGGCGCAAAGUGCCGCAAAGGGAUGCACGGACCCCAUCCGUUGUUAUGGCUGAAGAGUGAUGUGCGUGACGUGGGAAAAACGAACCGGGCGACGAGGAUGAGAGAAAAGAAAAGUGAGCCUCAGG